ACUUGAUACUACCUCCUGGUUCAGACAGACUGGCUACACGGAGCGAGGCUAGCUGUUAGCUUCAACUGUCUACACGGCCGAGAUGAUCACUGGGUUGAUUUGGGGCUUUCUACUAGGAGUGUCCUAUAUUAUAUAUGCAUCCAAUACAAUGAAUCAAAGCAUCCCACUCGUGUCCAGAGUGAUUGGUCUCUCCUGACAUCUUGAUGACUGGGCUGAUUCUUCCAGAUUUGCUGCUCCUGCAUGCCGAAACAUGUGUUUGUGCCAGCUCAGAGGGAAAUAAUGUGCAGCUGAGUUUCCUAGGAGGUUUGUUUGGGCCGGUAUGUGAAAUAGAUGUACUGCUGAACGAUGCAGAGAACAGAAAGAUGGCAGAGUUGAAGACAGAAGAUGGGAAAGUGGAGAAACACUACCUGUUCUACGAUGGAGAGUCUGUGUCUGGCAAGGUGAAUGUAAAUGUGAAACAGGGAGGAAAGCGACUGGAGCAUCAGGGCAUCCGCAUCGAGUUUGUUGGACAGAUAGAGCUGUUCUCUGAUAAGAGCAACACCCAUGAGUUUGUGGACUUGGUGAAAGAGUUGGCUCUACCUGGAGAACUCGCCCAGAACAGGAGCUACGACUUUGAGUUCAUGCAGGUGGAGAAGCCCUAUGAGUCCUAUACUGGAGCCAAUGUCAGACUGAGGUAUUUCCUCCGGGUGACAAUAGUUCGUCGUCUGUCUGACUUAGUGAAGGAAUACGAGCUGAUUGUCCACCAGUUAGCCACCUACCCAGACGUCAACAACUCGAUCAAGAUGGAGGUCGGCAUUGAAGACUGUCUGCACAUUGAGUUUGAAUACAACAAAUCCAAAUACCACCUUAAGGACGUGAUUGUUGGGAAGAUCUACUUCCUGUUGGUCAGGAUCAAGAUCCAACACAUGGAGCUACAGCUCAUCAAGAAGGAGAUAACAGGCAUAGGUCCCAGUACUACCACAGAGACAGAGACUGUUGCAAAGUAUGAGAUCAUGGAUGGAGCUCCAGUUAAAGGAGAAUCAAUCCCCAUCAGGCUGUUUUUGGCAGGAUAUGACUUGACAGCCACCAUGAGGGAUGUCAACAAGAAGUUCUCUGUACGCUACUUUCUUAAUCUGGUGCUGGUAGAUGAAGAGGACAGAAGAUACUUUAAACAACAGGAGAUCGUUUUGUGGAGAAAAGCUCCGGAGAAGCUGAGAAAAAGAAACUUCCAUCAGCGCUAUGAGUCGCCUGAGCCCCGAACCCAGCCAGUUAAUGCAGAACAGCCAGAGAUGUGAGGGCGAUGCUAUGAACUGAAAAUACACACAGACACACCCAACUCUUCACUGCUGAACAGCCAGGCUGAGGGCUACCCCACUAUCUCCCUGGACUGAGAAAUGUCUGUAUACAUGAAUACACAUAACAUACCUUCAGACAUCCCCCUCAUCACUUCGCAGCUUCAGAUGUGAGCUGUCCGACCACCAUCAAUCUCCCCCAGGACUGAAACACACUCGCAUACAGACGCACAAGCAUACAAUCCAAGUGAAUGGCUGAAUGCUAAAUGUCAAGGCAAGAGUGCAAAUCAAACUGACCCAAGAAAGGAACAGUGAGGCAGCCUAUUUGAUCUUGGCGUCUCAGACUGAAAACACACACACACACACACACACACACACACACACACACACACAACUGAAGCCAUACAGUCUCAGUUUGCUGAAUGCAAAAUAAAACAGAAGCAAAGAUGGAAAAGAGGAGAUGGCUACAAACGACCACCACACCAUUUAUCCCUUUCUUCUGCAACAGGAGCUUCUUUUGUUUGCAUAUUUGGACAGCGGUUAUCCUGGACUUUCUCUGGCAUCCUCACUCCCACACUCCCUACAAAAUGACGCUCUCUAGAGUCUAGCUAGUGAUUGAAAGUAUUCAAGGCAUGCAGGAUCGGCCUGAACGAAGGACGUGAGAGUCUAAGCUAUGAGUCAACACACGCUCUGUGUUUAUUCACAAUACCCGAGUUUAAGCUAUGAUGAUGCCACUGUGCUUUUCGUUCACCACCCAGCUGUUGUGCAAAGUAUGCAAAGUAUGAUUCAACAGUCCACAGACUGCUCUUUCCAUGCAAAUGUCAGCUUAAUUGGGAAAUUAAGAGUUUAGUGCAACAAAUGUUCAUCUUAACAUACCUUUAAUCCUAUAUUUCAUCUUCUAAUGUGGCUGUUUUGUAUAAAUGAAAACAUAUUCCACUCUUACAUGUUUCCAUUUCUAGUCCACAUCUCAUUUCAUACAUGCAAGAAUAUAUUUUUUUUUUCAAGAUGGACAUUAUCAUUUCAAUGUAAUUUCAUACAAUAAUUUAAUUAAAUAAAAAACUUUUAGAGCUGCAACCAAUGAUUAUUUUCAUUAUCAAUUAAUCUGCAGAUUCUCAAUUAAUUGAUUAAUCGUUUAGUCUGUAAAAUGUCAGAAAAAUCUGCUACAUCUACAUAUGUGUUGUUUUGUCUGACCAGCAGUCUAAAACCCUAAAAUAUUCAAUUUACAGUUACGUUAUAGAGAGUAACGCAGCAAAUGCUCAUUUUGGAGAAGGUAGAACCAGAGAAUGUUUGGAGUUUUUCCUUUAAAAAACGAAUCGAUCAUCAAUAUAGUUGCCAUUUAGUUUUCUACUUGAUUGACUAAUCAAUUAAUUGCAGCUCUAAAAGCAUCAUAUAGUCAAGGUCUCUGCUUGUUAAAGAUUCUUGAGCUCAAUACAACAUUUCAGUCUCUUGUUAAGAUGAAUAUUUGAUGCAGUUUUCACUGAUGUCAGGUUACUACAGGAUUGCCUCCAAAUUUAAAGAUUCACUCUGCUUUUCUAUAGUCAAGAUGUUUCUCUGGCACGAGGCAUUGUUUGAUCUUUAAAGUGCUGUUUAUUUAUGACUUCCAAAGUUAUUUUAAGGUUUGGUUCACCCGAACUACAAAAAAAGGAAAAAAAAAAAAGAUUCACAGCCCGAUAUGUGUACUAGCUAGAUCAACGGGGAGUUAAAUUUCAGUGCUUUGAGCACCACAAAUUAAAUUCCAUUGACCUCCAUUUUAUUGGGGUGGAAGAACUUUCAGAGAAAGAAAUCUCAAAACUUGGGCACAUUCAAUCUGUAAGGCUAAAUAGAAAAUAUGUUUACUUUUAAUUUGGGUGAACUGAACCUUUUAAGUUCCCGUAUCAGGGCUGGUGGCAGUUGACUCUCACUGCAGUCGAUGUAAGAAAUAGAUUUUCUUCAAUUUCCAAAAUUCAAAGCUUAAAAAAUGGCUGAAAGUUGAGGAAGUUUUCUGGCUACUUAAACCUGAAAAUACAUGUUUUGUCUUCACCACAAGUAGCAGUUUCCAUUUCCAUUUUAAAUGAUUCGAUAGAAAAAUCAAGUGAUGCUAGCCAUGAUCAGCAGACUGUAGGUUCACUGUUCUAGUCAGUUUCACUUUUUCUUUUGCAUAGGGUGAGGCGUUUUUUGAGUCUGUUGGUUCGGUAUAAGUAGAUUACUAAUGUUAAUAAAUGGCUCAUGUCUGCUAUUGUAAGCACUGGAAGGGAUGCAGUAUCAAUACACUGUCAAAUCCAACAAUGUUCCACUGUGAUGCUCAGACCGACAGGUUAGGUCCUGCUUUAAAGACACACAUACACACACAGUUGGGUGAUGUUACUGGUCUUGUGUGUAGGUUGAAUUUGCUCUUAAGCUCUGAUCUGUGGCCAGUUUUGCACUUUCCCCUCCGAUGCUUACCUUUGUUUAAAAGGGGCAUGGAAGUUGAAACUAAACAUCACUCAAGGACAACUUCACCUCAGAGAUCUCCUGCGUCUGUAAUGGAAAUGAUACUGUCAUUUAUAUGUCACCACUUGUUUUAAUUGGACUUAAUAAGUACAAUAUUGUGUUACUUUUUGGCUGUCAUGUUACAUGUUUCAUUUCAUUAAUGCACAUCUACAGUUCAGAUUUAUUUGUUCCUUCACACUAGUGUUGAUCUUGCAGUCUGGUUUUCUUUUGUUUGAGAACAGUGUAAUUUAUUUACAAGUAACUAUUUCUUUUGCUCUCCCUGUCAGACAUAGUUUCUGUCUUUCUGAACACUACAGGUAGGGAUUGUUUUGUGUACUUUAAAUACCUUCAAAGGUAAUGAAGAAACACUUAAAUGCCAAAACUCUCUGCCCCUGUGUUAUCUACUGCAUGUUAAUCUUUACACAAUGUCUUAUCAUGCCAUUGAUGUGUGUGAGUGUAUGAUAAUGUGUAUAUACACCAAACUCAAAUAUAUAGCUAAAAUGAAUCGUGAAUAAAGCAAAUUUAUACUGAA